AUGUCUCGAGACCAUGACUUGCCCAAUAUCUGGUCCGGGUAUGAUCCAAAUACAUAUCCUCCGCAGGAUACCUCCCCUCAAUAUGGCAACAACGAUAUGAUGAUACAGAAUGGUGGAAGCAUGCAACAAUACCAGAUGGGAGGAAAUAUGCAGCGGGAUCAAACGCCCUAUUGGAAUUCGAAUGCGCAACUUCAGUAUGAUAUGCCAGCGACAGGUUAUGCACCUAAUAAUUUCUAUACGGCUCCGUCCACAGGACCACAAUAUUAUCAACCUCAAGUUCAAGUCCAAGUUCAGAUUCCGCAACCCAUUCAACAACAUUAUCCUAUCGAUCAACGCUCCCCGCAAUAUCGCAUACAAUCUUCCUCGAAUGUUUUAGCGGGACAAGCCAAUCCUCAAAUGGCACAUUCAAAACCUUCGAAUGCGCCACUUGAUUAUCCUCUACUCAUGGUCUCGCUCGCAGAGGAAUAUUUCGGCGCGGCGCAUGAACUUGCACCCGCAGUAGCGGUGGCCAUGACGGAAAAGAAUGUCCAUGAAUAUCACAAACUGAUUACUCUGGGGUUGGAGUGUUUAACGAUUGCUUUGAAGCAAUUGAAGCUGCCGGCAAGAUUGGAAGCUAAGGUUCGACUGCGGAUCGCUGGCAUUGUUUAUGAAGAGACAAGCAACUAUGCGGAGGCAGAGACCAUGCUUGGUCAAGGUAUACUACUUUGCGAAAGGAAUCAUUACUACGAUCUCAAAUAUGUAAUGCAGUUCUUACUCGCUCGAUUAAUGUUUGAGAAGAAUCCAAAAGCGUCAAUGAAAACACUUGACAGCCACAUCGUUGAUGCACAAGCUUGUCAGCACAAUUCCUGGGUCUAUGUAUUUCGAUUUUUGAGAGCGUCCCACGCACUGCAAUCAGGGACCUCAACGGACAAUCAUGCGGCUAUCCAAAAUCUUCGAGGUGUCUCAAAUCUUGCAAACCAGCAAGGUGAUCGUUCUGUGCAUAUUGUCGCGUCUCUUAUGGAAGCGCUUGCCCAUCUGAAGUCUUCGGGGGUUCAUGAAAUCGAACAUGUUCAACGAGCAAUCGCGGCGGCACGAACCUAUCAACUGGACAACAAAAGCAACAUACCUCAACUCAUCGGUCUUACCCAUAUUCUUGAUGUUAUUUGUAGUAUACUUCGUGGAGAUCCAACUCAGAUGCUAAGUACUUUGAGGGCAAUGCAGCUCGUUAUGGAUGAUCUACUAAAGAACCCGGCAUGGAGUACGGAAAAUGACACUCUCGCAAUACCUAUUGACAGUGUCCACAAAGUCAAGCAUCUGAUCAGCCAAGAUACCCGGAAUGUCUUGAGUACUAGGGAGGAUGGGCGAGGCCAAAUUGUCAUGUCAUUCUUAAAUAAGAAAGAUGCAUAUGGUUUAACUUAUCUACUAUCAGGAAUAGUUUUGAUGCAUAAGAAUCCGCUCGACCAAAAAGCCGUGAAGUUCAUACAAGAAGGUCUGGCAGGACUUAAAGGAGAUGGUUCUCGAGUUUCCAAAGCUUCUCCAGGUCUAUUAUCCGAAAUCAUUGCGAAACAGCAAUGGCGUGGCCACAUUUUAUGUUAUUCACACAUAUAUAUGACGUUCUGUUGCGCUGCUGUGGGAGAAUGGACACGAGUAAAACAGUCUAUGACUCAUAUGGCGGCGGCUGCAGAAAAAUUCGAAGUUCCUUUGUCGGGGCGUCUAGGGACUCUUGCCUUUUAUCUCGAAGGGGUCUAUCUCCAAGGGACUGGUGACUUGAAGGCCGCGUUAAAAGUAUUCCAACAUGAGAUGUUGCAAUUACCAGAAGGUAGCGACUCGGCCUCGGAAGAUCAGAUCGAGCGUGAUAUUGCAAUUCUCGCCGCUCUCAAUGUUCUUUUGAUCCUACAAGACGAAAACUGGCAAGAUCCAAUGAAGAACCACAUGCUUAUUUCGAAACUGGGACCAUAUUGCGUCAACCACCCUACCAAAGAUAUCCAGACAGCAUUUUCACUGAUUAGGGCGACCGUCAGGACCAGCUCUUCCGCUAUGAUCCAUGAAACCAAGAGCCACCUAUCUGCGGCCUUGGCUAAGGCGAAGGCAUCACACAAUACGCAAUUUUUAUGUCUCGUCCUCAACAUUAUGUGUAGUAAAUUCUUCAAUAACUGCCUAGGUGAUCAGGCGGAAAAGAGUGCGUUGGCUGCACUAAAGCAAGCCAACCAUAGCAAGAACAAGCUAUGGGUUUCUGUCGCCGAAGGGUUGUUGGCGCAAUUCUAUGACAUUUCUGGAAAGAGAACAGAAGCUCAGGCUACCUUUGAGGAAGCCUGCGCAUUAGCACAUGAAGCUUUACCAGGUCAUUAA